CUCAGACCUGCUCAUUCUUCCCAACUGGCCUGAAAUGUUGGCUGCUGAUUUCUCGCGAUUCUUCCAGAUACUUUCCCAAAUUUUCUCUCCUGCCUUCUAUCCCCACCCUGGAAUAUCGGAUUCGGGAGUCUUCGGCGGCUAUGUUCUUGAGUUCGCGUUUCCUUUCCUCUUCACGCCGCAUCUGAAUGCAUACAUGCCCAUUUCCGAUUUCUUUGCCGGAUAGAAGGGUGCGUCGCUUAUUUUUUCUCGGAGCAUGAAGGGUCGAAGUCGCAGGACCCCAUCCCCCUAGAUUUAUCGGAUCUGAGAGCCCAAGUCCCAUCUUCGGUGGCAGAGAUCCGGUUCCUGAGAGAAGGAGAUGAAGGUAGGAAAGGGGAAGAAGAUGUUGUGUGGGCUUGUGUAGUUCCAGGAGCUGCCGGUUUAUUUCUAGAAAUUUAUUCUCAGCCACAACAGCUGCGAGUGACACCUCCCUCAGGAGAUGAAGCUAGGAAAUGGGAAGGAGAUGAUGUGUGGGCUUGUGUAGUUCCAGGAGCUGCCGGUUUAUUUCUUGAAUUUUAUUCUCAGCCACAACAGCUUCGAGUGACACCCCCCUCAGAUGGGUUCUCCCCGACAGUUGAAAGGGAGGGUCAAGUCUUUCUCGGUAGAGACCACUCAAGAGGCAUGGCGAUUCGACGUGACCUCAAUCACAGGUGUUGCACCUACAACGGUGCCUGUCCAAGGCAAUGAACAGCCACAUAUGGAUUGUAGACCAGCGCCACGCAAAUCUGGUACAGGUACUUCCGUGCCUGUAGAUGUUCCGAAUAAAAGGGGUCGUGUUUCUGCCACGUCUUCAGCCCCUAUGGACAGCGAUGAUGAUGAUUUCGUUCCUGCAAAGAAGCACCAAGCUUGUAGUACUAGUGCUGACAAGCUUCAAAAAAAACUUGUUGCUGAUGCUGCUGCUUCUUCCAAGCCUCCCCGCCACACUGUUAAUAUUCCACGCCACCCUGCUGUUCGAUGUGAGCCAGCCAUCUUCAACCAAUUUACCGAGCACCUCACAAUGUCUCAACGUCGCAAGAUUUCUGAGAUGGGUUUUGGGGGACUCUUGCAAAUUUCUGCAGAUCGGUUGGAGACUAGUGCCCUUCUAGUAUUUUUGAUGGAUAAGUUGAAUCCAGAUUCAAUGGUUAUUGAUAUUGGACAUGAGAAUGGCCUGCAAAUUAAUCAAAUUGCCGUCAACAAGGUUCUUGGUAUACCAUAUGGAGACAAAGAUCCACCUAGCUCAACGGAGGAGGAAAAUGAACGCGCUUUGGCUGAGUUCAAAAAAAUUGUCCUUGUUGAACCAAACCGUGAUGUGACACGCAAGCAUCUGCUGGACCUUAUCAGAAAACUUGUCCUUGAUGAUGACCUGGCCGUAAGGAUUUUUUUGUGGUUGCUUUCAACAAGUUGUUGUUCCCAGGCUUUGGCAACAACAUAAGGGCACUUGAUGCCUUCAUGACAAAGCACAUGUAUGUUUUCCGGGAUAUUAACUGGUGCAAGGCGGUUAUUGAUGAUCUGCGUCAAGCUGCGUUAAUAUGGCGCAGUGAGAAGCACAAAACUAUUCCUGGCUGUGCACUUCUAUUGCAAAUAUUCUAUUUGGACAACCUGCGUUGCAAUUGUAGUAUUCAACACAAACUUCUUCCCCGGGCUAGGUUCUUUGAUAAUUGUACUAUGCAAAAUAUAAUUAUUGAGGACAAGAGGAAGGACAAGGUCGGGAAGGAGACUUACGGGAAACUACCGCUAAAGAACAUUGCAAGUACAUGCUACCAUUUCUUUGAACCGGAUUCUAAUGAAUCACCUGAAGAAGCAUGUUCUACCUCGUCAAAUACAUUCCCCUCCAUCAUAGGAGAGCUUGGUGGACUGGUAUCUCAGAUAGCCAACACCUCAUCAAGGAAUAAUGCAUUUGAAGGAAUGAAAGUAUUCGAUGCCAAAGCACGCAAGGCCAUCGAGUCGGUCCAAAAGGGUUCUAAAAUGUUAGUGGAGGCACACAGUGAAUUCAUCAGUACCAUCUGGAGUAUAUUGCAAUCAGAAGUUGUUGAAAAGAGAAUGGAAGAUAACCAACACUUGACCACUCCCUCCAUUGACAUAACUAUGUCAAACGUGGCCUCACAUCAAAAUCGUUGUGGCGAAUCCUCUGCUGUGCAAACAGAUCAGCCGCACUCUGCUGCUCCCUCAAAUGAGAUCAGUGACGAACCACAGAAAUUACACAGUCACCAAGGUGAUGCUGGUGCCUUCCCGGAGGAGUUGCAGUCACAUCUUCCCUUACAAACUGACCACGAUGGAACCCCUCGUCGAAUGGCUCCAGAUUGCUUUAGUUUUGCACCUGACAUUGAUGCGGUCAUAAGAGAACUCAGUCAAGCAGAAAAGAUGCAACAUGCUGCGUCGGUAGCCACUAACCACGAUCAUGGUCAGCUCUCAAAGAACGGUGAUGAGGUUAUGCCCUUGGUGUCAAUAAAUACUACUAUACCACCAGCUCCUUGUCAUAACGUCGGAAGCUGCAGUGAUCCAAUGUCCCCCAUGUUUGGACAGCCAGGUUUCUUCCUUGUCAGUGUAUGGCAAACUACACCAAGAACAGGCAAGAAGAAUGGAUACUGUGUACUUGACACUCUAGUAUUGUUAGGGCAUAUUUGGAUUGAGCCCCCGCGCCGCCAAUUCGGUGCGCUAAUUCUUUGGCCUAGGAUUCGGUCGUCGCGGAAUCGGCCGCACGUGGGCGUAAAAUUGCACUGAUGCAGGCGUGUCAACGCACCGCCGUUGAACCAAGCAGAUGCCCUCACAUGUGUCAGCACAUCAAUUUUGACAGGUUCGUGUGCCGACGCUGAACAAAACAUGCCCUUAUUCUACCACUCCUAGUCUCCUACUACCCAUAUACGACCAUUCUUGGGAUACAGGCAUACAGGUAGACGUCACCUACCUCGCUAGGUAGUUCUCGGUGAAUCAUCUGAGAAGAAAGGAAUGCCAAAUCAGUACAGCUAGGAGGAGAGGAGAUCAUCCACUAUUAGCACCUGAUAACUGAGGCCAUGAAGCCUGUGGAGAUCCAGUGGUUGCAACAUCGAUUCGUGAAAGCGAGCCCCCAUGUACAGCUGACUGAAUUCGGUCGCACUUGCACAUCGCCACUUCCCUUUCCAUCCAUGGCCCCUUCCCUCGCUUCCCCGCGUUGAAGAGUUGUUGAUUUUACAAGGGGCCCAAUGCACAUAUAAUCGUGUCUUAAUCAUGGAUAAGGCACGCAUUUCAGGCGUGCCAAAUCACACCGUCAAUCAGGAACGCUGCACAAUGAAAUGCGUGCCAAAUCACACCGUCAAUCAGGAACGCUGCAGAAUUUUGUUGGAACGUACCCAGGAAAGUGUUGGGUUGGUGGCCUGCAGUGUGCAGACAAGGAGGGAAAAAAGUUAAAUUCAGGCAGGCACCAUGAAGGAGUAGCUAAAAGUAAAUACUGGUGGAUUAGCAUUGAAGAGUCUCACGAUGGAAUUCGGGUGGUGCUAUCCCUCGUGCGCCUGUAAAAAAGCGGUUUAACUCCAUCGACACUCCCAGCAAUCUGAUUUCAAUUGCAUGGACGCAAUUCUUUCUUCCUACUCUCACCUUCACACUGUACUUCUCCCCAUUGACAGUGCCGGUCGCUCCUUGUCCCGCCCGUCUCUAUCCAUCUCUAGCUGUACUCAUACCGCUGCACUAAGGGUCCGUUCGAUAGGGAUUCGGAUUCUUGCAGAAACAUUUCAGUUUCAGUUCUC